GUCAGGUUUGCCUUUGUGCUGGGUCAGCGUCUGAGUCAAAGGAUUUCAAUUUGGAUUUCUGGUUAACUGCUUUCACACCAAUCGCUACAAUAUUUUAUGGCAAAUUUGGAAAAGUGCGACGCUACCUGUAGUGCACACGUUUGGAGACAUGACGGGAGAGCGGGUCUGUAGCGCAGUAAAGUAGUUUGGGGUAAUGUGAGGAAACAUGGAGGCAUCCCCACAAGUAGUAGAAGUGGCAAGUCAGCUGGCCCAGGCUGUCAACACCACCCUUGAUCCAUCAGUGUCUCAUGCUGUCAGGCUUGCCUCCUAUAACCUUCUGGAAAAGGUAAAAGAAGAAAGUGAGCUGGCAGUGGGCUGUGGGUUUUACCUGGCUCAUCGUGACCGAGAGCCUGUGGUGCGACACCUGGGACUGCAGCUGCUUGAACAUGCGAUCAGGUAUAAGUGGAAUGACUUAUCCGUCCAACAGAAAAUCUAUAUUAAGGAGAAUUCAAUGCAGCUGGUUGCUGAAGGAACGCUUGAUCUUCUCUCAGAGCACUUGUAUGUAAAAGACAAGGUAUCUCGUUUGGUGGUAGAGAUGAUGAAACGAGAAUGGCCCCAACACUGGCCAGGCCUUCUUGAGGAACUUCACCAACUAUCCAAGAGAGGGCCCACACAAACAGAGUUGGUAUUGUUUGUUUUUCUGCGCAUUGCUGAAGAUGUGGCAACAUUGCAGAACUUGGAAUCAAAUCAGCGGCGACGGGAUCUCUACCAGGCCAUGACAGCCAACAUGGAGAGUGUGUUUGGCUUCUUCCUGUCUCUUUUAGAGGAGAAUUAUACACAGUACAAAGCCCAUGUUGGCCAACAAGACUCUGUGACUGCUCUCUGUCACUGUCGAGUUAUGCAGGUUGUACUAAUGACUCUCACAGUUUAUGUGGAGUGGGUGUCUGUACAGUACAUAUUUGCUGAGGAUGGCAAGCUUCUUCAGUCCUUGUGCUUCCUAUUAAGUGAAGAUAGUGUCAAAAAGGAGGCUGCUGAGUGUCUCCUACAAAUUGUGAGUCGGAAAGGUAAAGCUGAUGAAAGACGUCCCUUGCUGCUGCUUUUUGCAGAGGCUCCAAUGUCAGCUGUGUUUAACGCUGCUGAUCAGGCUGUGAUGGGUCCACUCAGUGAACAUAAUUACAGGUUUCUUAAGACUUUAACCCAGGUUCUCACAGGUCUUGGCUCUCAACUUUGUACUCUCUGGGUUAAAGAAGGUGAUGUUGGUGAACCACCAAACUUCAGAGUGUACCUGGAUGCCAUGCUAGCCUUCACCCGCCAUCCUAGUCUCCAUAUCUAUAACUACACAAACAGCCUUUGGGGGCAGCUUUUUCGCCACGACCAGGUUCCUCUCAGCAAGACUCUACGAGCAAUACUUCCUGUCUGGAUCACCAUAGUUUCCCAAAAGGUGAUGAAGCAUGGGUAUCCCUCUAAGAAUGACUCUGAGAGCUGCCAGUAUUCUUUGCUGGACUUUGACAGUGAUGAAGAAUAUUCACAUUUCUUUUACAAGGUGCGCUCUGAGACCCUGGAGACAAUUAAAGCUGCCUCUCUGCUGGCUCCAGACAUUAUGUACACCCAUGUUGAAGAGUGGCUCACCUCUCAUGUCAAAAAGACCGCCAGUACAAGCACAUCAGACAAGCAGCUAUGUAACCUCUUCUCUCCAUCAUACCUUGAGUGGGAUGCUCUCUCUCAGGUGGUUGAGAGUGUGAUGAGCCGUGUGAUGCAGAGCAGUGGGUGGAAGCCAUCAGCAGAGAGUGGACUUAAGUUGCUGCAACUCUGUCUUGCAUACGAGACAACGGACCCACUCAUCCUGUCCACACUGCUGUCGUGCAUCUCGGGCUUGUUUAUCUUCAUUAGACUUGUUCCCAGUGUGUUAUCUGAGAUCCUGAACAAAAUCUUCUCUGCCUUGACCUUCUCUCUUCCUGGGCAGACCAAAGACUCACGAAGCAGGGCUGUUAAAAAUGUGCGAAGACAUGGGUGCUCCUUGAUGGUAAAAAUCGCCCGUGACUACCCUGAUAUACUUAUUGAAGCCUUUGACUUCAUCAACAGCGUUGUUGACAGUUUGAGUCACAACCCGCAGGAGUUGUCACAGAUGGAAAAGGUGACCCUGCAGGAAUCGCUUUUAAUAACAAACAAUAAUUUUCAUAAUUUUGACAAGCAAAGUUCUUUCAUAAGUAAAGUUCUAAGUCCAGUGUCUGUGAUUUGGGUUGAGAUGAAGCAAGCAUUCAGCUCUCCACUAGAAUUCAUGUCCUUUGUAGGGCUGGACAAAGCACCAGUUGAACCUAGUGAGAAUGAUGUGAAUGGUCAAAAUAGAGCUCAAAUUAUCUUCUGUGUUAACCUGAUUUUGGCUGUGAUAAAGCGCUCAGAGUUCCCCUCAGAUCAUGACAAAGCUGAGAGAGGAGGCUUUGUUCUAGAGAGAUCUGAAGGUGGAGCAGUGGUGUGCCGUAACCCUGCCACUCCACAUGUUAUGCCCUUGCUCCACCAACUCUUCUGCCUUGCUAGACUCUUCAAUUGCUUAUGGCACCCAGAAGCAAUUGCCAGUGUGUCUGUGGGGUAUGCCAAGGCCCACAGUCUGCCUGAUGCUGAAAGGAAUAAUAUUUUGGGUCUUGCAAAUUCAAGCAAUACUGAUCGUUGUGCUGAUUCUCCAAAGGUGCAACAGCCUCUUGAAAGAAUGCAGCACUUUCUUGCAAUGAUGCAUGACAACUGUUACCAUAUCUUGGGCAAUGCUGGCCCAUCAUUAGGACUGCAGUUCUAUCAGCAUCCACAUCUCACAGACUAUAUAAUCCAUUCCUCCUUAGCAAAUUUAGCCCUCAUACCUGACUAUCGUCUCCGUCCCAUUAUACGCACAUUCCUCAAGCCUUUCAUCCAGUGGUGUCCCCCACAGUGUUAUCAGACUGUGCUGCUGCCAAUCCUCAACCAUUUGUGCCCUUACAUGCUGGAGAGAUUGAGCGUUCGUUGGGGCCAUCUGAGCAGCCUGAUAGAGAGCGGCUCUUAUGAGGAGGAGAACACGGACACACAGGAAAUGCUGGAGGACUUGCUGAUACGUAUGCUGACAAGGGAAUACAUAGAUCUGCUAAAAGUAGUGUUGAUUGGUGGCCCUCGAGGCAGAUGGCAGCAAGACAGCGGUGAAGGUAUGGACACAGAGAUGGAGGUGUGCUCUGCUCUUCCAGUAACUCCAGAGGCAUUGUCUGAACUUGGCCAACUAGUGUUGGGCUGUGAUACUAUUUGUCAAGCUAUUGUUACUACCUUACUCAAGGUGCUGUGGUGGCAAGACAGUGGGGCCUGUCUCAAGGCUGUGGGUGUUGUGGGCCAAGUGCUGAGAUGGCUGGCUGGGGAGGGACAGCACCUCAGUCCUGAAGCAGUGCAGCAGGUUAUGAUGGCUGUGUUGCGUGGCCUUCACACCCAUGGGCAGCAUGAUGCCAACCAAAGUGCCCUCCUCUCCCUUGGGCUGGCUACUUAUGAGAUGUUUAGGCCAAACUUCCCAAAUAUCAGAGAGGUGCUCAUUGGACUUCCUGGAGUAACAGCAGAGGAUGUGCAGAGUUUUGAAGAAAAGCUACAAGCAUCAAACCAAAACCCAAAUAUCAAAAGUAGUAAGCUUGAGAAAGUCAAGAAAGAUGUGUUCAAAAAAUUGAUAACAGAGAUAGUGGGCCGUAAUAUUGGUCAGGCCUUCAAGAAAGAAGUCCACAUGAACAACUUGCCACCAAUGUUCAAGGCACCCCGCCCUAAACAGCCUCGUGUUGAUGAUUCUGACUCGGACAUUGGCUUGUGUUCCCUGUUUGGACCUGAAGUUGCAGACACAAAUGGUCAUCAGGUCACAUGAUUCAUGAGUUGCUGGAUGCACUAUAGAACAGUUUGUCAGUUUGUACAAGGAAAAAAAAGUUGUUUGUGGUAAUUUGAGCCUCAUAUUAAGAUCCUGGAAAGAUUUUUAAUGUUCAUAAUGAUUACACAAGUUCAUAGGCUACAAAAAAGUAUAUUUUCCAAUAUAAUUGUUUAGAUACCUUACAAGAGCAAGCAUUUCAUGCAGUCCUGAAUGAUUUACUACCCAUCCUAUAUUUUCCCACAUCCCACCUUUCUGCCGAUAUCUUCUGCCUGUCCUUACUUUUCUCUUCUGCUAUAUCCUUUGUUUCUGUAUCCAUCCAGUGAGUCACAUAAUUUUCGUGUGCUCCUCUUUUCCUUUCCUAUUUCCUAUUUCCUAUGGAAAUAGGUAGGAGUGUUUCAUACAGGGACUGCCACGUGUAAGCCUGGUCGCUUCUUGCAGCUUCCCUUAUUUCUUAUGUUCUUAUGUUCUUAUGUUUCCUCCACUGAUAUUCCUUCAUCUCCUUCCUGUCUUACUCACUUUUCCUUUAUUCCUGCAUUUUUUAUGACUGUCUUGUGUAGCAGACUGGACUUGCCAAAUCUAUGACAACCAUAAUGAAAUAAUGCUGCCAGUGUUUGGUAAGAUAUAAAAAAAGGAAAUUAUGUAACAGUUGAAUCUAUAUUAUACUGUAUUUCCUUUUUUACUUUAUAGCCAUCUUUAGUCAAUUAGGUAUAAUUCUUCACUGUUUUGUAAAAUUUACAUUAGUUCAUUCCAGUUUUAGCAAUGCAACUUUUUAAGUAAAAUAGUGAUUACUUGUCUCCUUUUAAUAUUAAUUACAAACCAAAGAUUUUUGAUUGGACUCAAGUCAUGAGUGUUACAAACUACUCCACUUCAUUUAAAACACUUGUAUCACUCCCUUUAUUAAGUCUUUCUUGUAUGACAAGGUACCAACACAUUUAAUUGGUCAAAUAUGUCACAAGAACAUUCAAGUUUAUCAUGCAGGAUAUAUAAAUGUUCAUAUUUUAGAGUUAAACAAUUCUUUGAAAGUAUCAAAGAAAAUAUCAUUCUGUAACAGGAAAACUUUCUGUUGAUUGUGAAUCCCAUUGCUAUUCCCAUCUCUAUAUUGUAUUAUAGGUCCCACCAGUUCAAAUUUUUGGGCAAUAUUCAUUCUUAUCUGUCACUGUAAAGCAUAUCUAAAUGCACUAUGAGUAAUAUUCUCUCCAAAUGUCAGCUCAUACAUAAUUUGCUUCAAAACUUGGUAAUUUAGUUGGGUGAUAAUUAUUUGAGUGUACAACUUGCUUCAUAACACUAAAUAUGGAUUUCUUUUAAAACUUUUUAUGCUGUAAUAAGAUUUUUUUCUGAGUUCAUACUGAAUGUAAGAAUAAUGCAUCUGGGUUUUUAACAGAUAAAAAGCCAUGUGGAUAAUAAGUACAAAAAGUAUCUACCAUGAAAAAUGAUGUAAUCCAUCUCCCACUCACUAAGUUCUUUGCUGUUUACAUAAUUAUAACCUUUGCUCACUGCAUAUGGUCCACCAAAGCUUUCUGUGCCCCUCCCAUCUUCAGUUUGCCCACUCAGCCACACACAGACCAUCUCUAACUUUUAACACCCUUCUUUCUCCUUAUGUAUCCUAGAAGUGAAAAGCUGGCCAACCAUGGCAGAUAAAAUCUUUUCGUGAAGCAGGUUAAGCGUGCGCACACACACACACACACACACACACACACACACACACACACACACACACACACACACACACACACACACACACACACACACACACACACACACACACACACACACACACACACACACACACUCUCUCUCUCUCUCUCUCUCUCUCUCUCUCUCUCUCUCUCUCUCUCUCUCUCUCUCUCUCUCUCUCUCUCUCUCUCUCUCUCUCUCUCUCUCUCUCUCUCUCUCUCUCUCUCUCUCUCUUGCAUGAGUUGUAUGAGCUCUCCUGCUGAUACAGUCUGGCCAUACCUUUUGUCUCCCUUCUUAGAGCUUGUGCUCAUGUACAUUUUAUUAAUUGAAAGGUGUAGACUGAGGAUUUCUCCAAGGUGGGAUGGAGGUGGUGUGAUUUUAAAUAAACAAUGUUCAUGAAAACUGAGAUUAAUAAAAUUUAUUGGGGACUGAAUAUGUACCAAGUUGUCAGAAAUUUAUGGUGUGCCAUACUUUUGGUUGUCACAACAGUGAAUUUACCCAAUGGAUGGAGUGAAUAAACUCACCUGAUUUGUGUAAACAGAGACAGCACUGCCAAAUUUCCAUGGCCAAAUAUAAUUGAAUACAACAA